ACUACUGUGUCAACCCGUCUGAGUCGGUCUCCCAUUGACGAAUGCUGGAUGUUUAAACUAAAUGUGUUAUUCACUGCUCGAUUUUCUUUUAUUCGACACCGAGGACGAUCGGAGGAGCGAUUUUUACUUUGGCAGCACAGACUGCAUCCCCACUCCUGAGUGAGGCAUCAACCCAAUUUACACCCCACUGCUAUGCACUUCAUGGCAUUGCCAUGUGGAAGGUAACCUAAUCCCCCAUCUUUAACCCUUUGGUCCAUCAAAUGUCUGAGGACAGCGAUCCAAAGCGCUACCUGUUCUCAACCCUGGACGGGCGCGAACAGAACCGCGACAGGGUCUGCUUCCAGGUGGAGGAAGAGGGGCGCUCUCCCUGUAGCUCCAUUAGCCAACUUCACUGCAUGGCCAGCAGUUACAGCGAGGGUUGUGGCGGGCAGGAUGGGGUCGAACUGGAAGCCGAGUUAGGAUUGGCCUCCGAGGGCAGCGACAGCAGCCAUGAGCACCCGGCAUCGCCGGCCUCCCCGCACGACGACAGGAAGCGGCCACGCCCACCCUUACACGAGGAUGUGGAGAUGGGUGGCAGCGGCUCGAGUGGGAGUGGGACAGAAUCCCAUGGUAACGAGUCGCAUGGCAAUGAGUCCCAUGGCAAUGAAUCUGUGGGCAGCUCAAAUGGCAAUGGCAAAGAUUCUGCUCUGUUGGAGUCUUCAGGGAGCAACAAGAGCUCAAACUCUCACAGUCCCUCGCCGCCAAGCAGCUCCAACGCCUUCAGUCUGGUGAGCUCCGAGCAGGACAACCCUUCAACCAGCGGCUGCAGCAGCGAACAGUCCGCCAAAGCUAAGACACAGAAGGAGCUCUUCAAGACCCUUAAGGAGCUGAAGAUGCACUUGCCGUCGGAAAAGAGGAGCAAGGGCAAGUCCAGCACCCUCAACACGCUCAAAUAUGCGCUGCGAUGUGUCAAGCAGGUGAAAGCUAAUGAGGAAUACUACCAGAUGAUGAUGAUUAAUGACAGUCAGCCACCAGGGUUCGACGUUUCCUCCUACACCAUCGAGGAAAUCAACAGCAUCACCUCUGAAUACACCCUCAAAAACACCGAUAUAUUUGCUGUAGCCGUCUCGCUCAUCACAGGGAAGAUUGUUUACAUCUCGGACCAGGCGGCGUCUAUCUUGAACUGCAAGUGGGAAGUGUUUAAGAAUGCCAAGUUCGUGGAGUUCCUGACGCCUCAGGACGUCAGCGUGUUCUACAGCUUCACCACACCUUACCGCCUGCCCUCAUGGAGCAUGUGCACUGGAGCAGAGUCGUCUCCCACGGAGUGCAUGCAGGAGAAGUCCUUCUUUUGCCGCAUCAGUGGUAAUAAGGAGCGUGAAGGGGAUCUGCAGUACUAUCCUUUCCGUAUGACUCCCUACCUGAUGAAAGUCCAGGAUGCUGAGAUGGCUGAAGAACAGUUCUGCUGCCUCCUGCUGGCUGAGAGGGUGCACUCUGGAUAUGAAGCACCCAGAAUCCCUCCUGACAAGCGUAUCUUCACCACCACACACACACCUAACUGUAUAUUCCAGGAUGUGGAUGAGAGGGCUGUUCCUCUGUUGGGUUACCUCCCUCAGGACCUGAUUGGGACCCCUGUGCUACUUAAUCUGCACCCAAGUGACCGACCCCUGAUGCUAGCUGUACAUCGCAAGAUUCUGCAGUGCGCAGGUCAGCCGUUCGAUCACUCCUCGAUCCGUUUCUGUGCAAGAAACGGCGAGUACGUCACCAUCGACACCAGCUGGUCCAGCUUUGUCAACCCCUGGAGCCGCAAGGUCUCCUUUGUCAUUGGCAGGCACAAAGUCCGCAUGGGUCCUGUGAAUGAAGAUGUUUUUGCAGCACCUGCUUUCCAUGGAGGGAAGAUCAUGGACUCAGACAUCCAGGAAAUCAGUGAACAGAUCCACAGGCUGCUACUCCAACCAAUCCACAACAUGGGCUCUAGCGGUUAUGGUAGCCAUGGCAGCAAUGGUUCACAUGAGCAGCUGGUGAGCAUCAGCUCAUCCAGUGAGAGCAAUGGGAACGUCACUACAGGGAAUGCAGCAGAAGAGACAGGCAAGGCCAAGCCUCCCAGGACCUUCCAGGAGAUUUGUAAAGGGGUCCACAUGCUGAAGAACCAGGACUCCCAGGUCUGCCUGCGCUCCCCCUCCUCUUCGCCCUCACCAUCGCCAUUCAAGCCUGAGCAGAAGAAGACCACUGACACAGCGGUGCCACCACAGAGGAGUCCAGCAGUGCGUCUGAAGGACUCAACGUCCCAUCUGCAGGUCAGAGACAGUGCUGCAGCCAGCAUGGAGGACUUCCCCUGCAAAGACCAAACUGUCCACUCUUACCAGCAGAUCAGCUGCCUCGACAGCGUCAUCAGGUACCUGGAGAGUUGUAACAUCCCCAUCACAGUGAAGAGGAAGUACCAGUUCUCUUCCAACACCACCUCCUCCAACUCAGAAGAUGACAAGAAGGGCUCAGAGGAUGGCAUCCAAGUGCCUCAAGAUACAAACCCAGACCCUUUGAUGCUCGAAGCCCAGCCAGGCCUGUCAAACAUGAAAGUACCAAAGAAGCCUCCCUCUGGAGCCGCUGCUGUGGUGGGAGGCCCCUUGGCACCCCUCACCCUGCCCAGUAAGGCUGAGAGCGUGGUGUCCAUCACGUCACAGUGCAGCUACAGCAGCACCAUCGUCCAUGUGGGAGACAAGAAGCCCCAGCCAGAGUCUGAGAUUAUUGAGGAUGUGGCAGAGAGCCCCGCACCCCCGGCUCUUCCUGUCAGCGUGGUGUCUCCGCCCAGCCAGGAGAAGGAGGCCUACAAGCGUCUGGGAUUGACCAAACAGGUGCUGGCUGCACACACCCAGAAAGAAGAGCAGGCCUUCCUCACCCGCUGCAGAGACAUCCACAAUGCCAAGACCUUCCAGAGGAACUGUUCCACAUAUCUGCACAAGCAGAGAGGGCCAGCCAACGCUGAAGAAUCAUCUGGUCUGCGAGGAGCAGCCAAACAGGGCACCACCAGGCCCGAGACCACCGCCAGGAAGGGCAUCCGCAGCAGGAAGUCCAAGAAGCCACGGACGAAGCAUCCUGACUCUUCAGACAGCGCUGUGUCAAACCGCAAACCCCGGCCCCCUCUCCAGGGUCUCAACCAAACGUCGUGGUCCCCAUCAGAAGCAUCUCAGUCAGCUUUUAAUGUGUCCUACCCAGCCAUGGUGCCUGCCUACCCGCUCUACCCCACAGCACCCGCGGCUCCGGCUCAGGCCCCCGUCCCUGACCCCUCCCUUUCCGCAGGCUUUGGAGAUGGGCAGAGCACCCAAGCCCAGACUUCUGCCACACCAUUUACCGCACCCAUUGUUACACCUGUGGUGGCUCUGGUGCUGCCCAAUUACCUCUUCUCCCAAGUAGGACAGUUAGGCCAGAUAGGGCAGCUGGGGGCUGCUCCUAGACCGAGGUUUUUCCCUGAGCAGACCCAGACACAGCCUGCAUACACUGCCCAGCAGCCCUUUCAGCCCCCACAGCCGGCGUUCACCAUGCAAACACAACCCCCCUUCACCAGCCAACAGCCGUUCACCGUGCAGACUGCCUUUGCCACCCAGCAGCCAUUCCAAACGGCUCAGACCACCUUCACUACCCAGCAGCCUUUCCAGGCCCCUCAGACUGCCUACACUACCCAGCAGCCUUUCCAGGCCCCUCAGACUGCCUACACUGCCCAGCAGCCCUUCGCUGCCCAGCCUUCUUUCCCAGUGCAGACUCAGUUUGUGGCCCAAGGCCCAUAUCCAGCUCAGCCCUUCUCUUACAGUCUAGCCUCCGAGCCCCCCAAAGCCCUGGCCCGAGAGGGGGCCGCAUCACGCUCCUCUACCCCAGCCUCUGGAGCGAGGGAGCCCACCACAUCACCACCGCUGUUUGAGUCACGGUGCAGCUCACCCCUGCAGCUCAACCUGCUGAGCAUGGAGGAGGGACAGCGCUCAGUGGAACGGCAGGACAGCACAGCGCCCUCUGCUGGAGGCAACAACAGUACAACAGCUGGAGCAGUAGGAGAGAAGAACAGAGGCGCACAUAAAAGUGAAAACCACCAACAGGUGGACUCUCCAGGAGAUGGGGCUCACAGCGACGGUAACUCCUCGUCCUGUGACUUGCUGGACAUCCUGCUGCAGGAGCAGGAGGACUCCCACUCUGGCACUGGAUCAGCCACGUCUGGCUCCAUGGGCUCAGGAUUGGGCUCAGGAUCGGGCUCUGGAUCGGGGUCAGGAUCGGGCUCAGGCUGUGGUCGAUCAGCAAGUGGAGCUUCUGGUAGUAGAACAGGGAGCAGCAACACCAGUAAAUACUUUGGCAGUGUUGACUCCUUGGAACACGACCCCAAGGCCAAAGCCAAAGCCAAGAUGAGAGACGCAGGAGGCUCUGAAGGCAGCCAGUUGCAAGCCAAAAUCUCAGCCCAAGGGGAGGGAGAGCAUUUCAUCAAGUAUGUUCUCCAGGAGCCCCUCUGGCUGCUGAUGGCCAACGCUGACGACAAGGUCAUGAUGACAUACCAAAUGCCAUCCAGGGACAUUCAGAAGGUUCUGCGAGACGACAAGGAGAGGCUGAAACAGAUGCAGAAGAGCCAGCCUCACUUCUCCUCAGACCAGCGACGAGAGCUAGUGGAGGAACACCCGUGGAUGAGGAGGGGAGGUCUACCUGCUGCCAUCAAUGUGAAGGAGUGUGUGUACUGCGAGAAUUCAGCGGCAGCUCCCAUCGAGGAGGACCUGCCAGACAUGGACAUGAGCGAGCUGGGUGAGGACCUGAGCCAAGAGAGCCGGAACACCCAGAGCCAAUCAGAGGAAUCUCAGCCUCAGCCAGACACUGGCUCCUGAACAGACAAACUGCCAGCAGGGGGACACAUUCGACCAGCCAUGGACCCUGAUGAUGCACCCACACACACACACUCACACACACACACGACAUGGAUGUGGGACAAACACACACAACAUGAACUCAAGCAAAACUCUGUGUUGCCAUUGUGGUGAAUAUGAGAAUGUGUGCUGCUCAUGCGUUCGUGUGUGUGUUCAUGUGUGCUGUGCAGAGGACUGCUGCUGAAGUUCUUACGGUGCCCACACAGGGGGCGCUAAUGUUUUAUGAGGGUCUUUGUGUGCAUGACCCUCAUACAGCACUUUUGCCAGCUCACAGAGGUUCUCAUUGACAUGAACUGGACCCAGCCUGUGUGUUGGGUGACCUUCGGCCUCCCACAUAUAUAUAUAUAUUUUUUUUAUUUAAUUGUUUCCCAUCUGCUUUGUCAAUAGGCAGAGCUUUACGGCAACAUGAACAGUUAUACUAAAAAAAGACAAAUUUAAUAGUUAAUGGACAUCUUAUGAAUAUAUUUGAUUUAAAAAAUCUAUAUAUACUGACAAAAUAAUUGUCAUGAAACAGUUUAAAGAUGUUAUUAACAAAGAGCCCAGCAUUGCUGUUUAAGAGCUCGAAAUGUUUGCAUUUUCUUUUUUUGCCACAUGGUCCCAUUCAAGUCUUUCAAACCACAGGAUUUCCCUUGUUUCCCCGUUAGAAACUAUGUAGAAUUUUGUGGUGCUUAUUGGAUGAUGAAGUCCCAGUCAAAGGGCAGGGACUCCUGCUUUUGUGUCAUGGGUGAGUUUUUACUCACUGGUCUUCUAGGUCCUGAGUAUUUGCAGUAUCCAGGCACACAGCAGUGAUAGAACCUGACUCGAUAGCCAACAGAAGGCCGAGCAUAACUUUACAGAACAGUGACAAUCUGAUACAUGGUGCAAGAUAUUCCCUUAAUCAAGUAUCUUAUUUAUUUAUUCCCAGAUAAUAUAUCUAGAGUAGGAUUUUUAAGCCAAAGCCAAAUAUGUUCAGCUAAAAGACACACACAACACUUGCAUAUGAACAUUUUACAGGCGCUGACCAUUACCUCCGCAGUAUAUUCAAAGUCAGUUUACUCUGAGAACUAAAAGCUGGAGCCAGUUCGUCCAUUUCACAGAUUAACCCGAAAGAGUUGUAAGCUUACCUUCAAACAGUGCUCUGACGAAAAGGGAACCAGCGCAGACAAGGAAGAUGCUGAAAUAUUUUUUCUUAUAGAAAACAGUCAACAUCAGAAAAUCCAUGCAUGAAAAGAAGAGUCUGAAAGAACAUACAGACCAGCCGUAUCCGUGGGAUGAGCAGUUCCCCCUCACCUCCAAUUUCUACCUUUAUAUGACGCACUGUUUUUAAGGAAUUUAUACAUUAUGAAAGCUGAUUUGUCUCUACUUGCGCUUGCUUUUCAGAGACAUUUCCUUUGCUCAUUUUCUCACAUCUAUUUUUAUGGAUUACAAAGUACAAAUACAUACAUCACCAAGAAAGUUUUUUUUUUUACUAUACUGGCAUGUUUCAUGACCCACCAGAAAGUCUGAGCAGGUGUGUGUGCAGCAGUUCAGAUCCCUCAGUAAUUUAAAAGCUUUGGUCGAAGCGUCGUGUGAUACCGUGUUCAAACCAGAGGUCGAUACUAAGCAUCAGCACUGAAAUAUACUGUGGAUUAUGUUGGGUAAACAGCAUUACAGUUGUAGCAAAUACGGGGACCAUGUUGCCUGAGUGACCUUCCGUGGAAAAGUUGCGUAGGAAAUGGUGACGUGCAUGCUGAGCAGCCAUGCAAGCCCCUCAUCAUCUAACAUGAAGUGUUAAGGAAGCUGUGAUCCAGCCAUGAAGUCGAGGUAAUCGGUAGGAGAACUGGGAACAACUCUGGUGCUACAGCAGAGAAACUGUCGGGCUUGUGAAUGUAACACAGACUGGACCAAGAGCAUCUCACUGGCUUUGUUUCCAUGAUUUUCAUGCUGCCUGUUUGUUUUUUUCGUUUGGUUUCUUUUUUUUAAAUUUCUCGUUAACUCGUCAGAACUUUUCUAUUUUUCUAUUUUUUUUCUCUUAUGUAUCUUAUUUGUUUGACGAAAGUACGAGCUUUUGGUGUCGUUGGGGACGGAUCCUACCUCUAAUAAAUCCCAGGUCACGUUACUGUGAGCGGAACAUAGAAUGUCUACACGUGUGGGCUAAGCACAAUGGACGGAAUGGUCAGAUACUUCAGUGAUUCCGGUAAGCAACUAGCAGAGGUUUGUGGAUUCCUCCUGUGUGUUAUCUGUCUCUGAAUGAAUGAAUGCACAGGGAGGACAGGCGCCUGUCACCACCUUUAGCAACUACAGUCAAUCUUUGUCUUUUGUUUCUUCUCUGUGCAGAAUAUCUCCAGGGGCGUUCCCAGCACUCACCUGUGUGUAAACCACUCAGAAUGCAAGAAUGUUGUUUAUUCAUUUGGAAACCGAAAUGUGAAAACAAGCUGCUCUGAAUGCUGCUGAGUAAGCCAGAGAAAGAUGCUGCACUCGUGUCAAAGCCUUACCUUUCCUGUCAAGCGAAACCAUUUCUGAGUGAGUUACACACCGGUGGGCUGUUGGCAGCACCCUGAUCUGUAAAUGCGUACACGGUACUGGCAUAUGAUGCUGUGCACGGUCAUGUAAAUUUGUUUCAUUGCCACUGUUUGAGUCUGUAGUAUGUUAAACUAGCACGGCUCAGUGUAUUUUUGUAGGUAAGAAGAUGUGUUUGAGACAUUUGAGACAAGCAAUGUUGUAAUAAAACUACAGAAAUCUAA